AUGAAUAUAACCGAAGAGAAGAGAGCAUUCUACAUUGGCCAGACCAACGCAAUCUACUGCCUCAACACAUCUCCUUCCUCUCCCUUCCCAUCCACCCAGACUUCUUUACUUUUCUCCCCUGAGGUGGGAGUGUUGGGACAGGAGCGGGUAUUUGCUGUCGACGUGGUCCUGGGUCCAGACAGUUCCCAGGAAGACGUGUUUGCGGAGUGUGACAUGACCAGACUCAUUGACAUUGCCAUCAAGGGGUAUUCCUGCACAGUGUUUGCUUUUGGACAGACAGGUUCAGGAAAAACAUACACCAUCACGGGACCCCACUCCCUGUUCCAGGAGGGUUUCGAUCACGCCUCUCUAGCUGGCCUCAUGCAGAGGUCUCUGUUGUACCUGCUCGAGCAGGUGAACUGCUCAGGGGAAGAGUUUCACCUCUGUGUCUCCUACCUGGAAAUCUACAAUGAACAGGUGCGUGACCUGUUAAACCCGUGGUUGCCUUACACCUUGGUGGUUCGUGGGAGCAAAAUGCAAGGGUUCUAUGUGGAGAACCUGUCAAUGGUGGAGUUCCAAAACCUGGAAGGCUUCAUGAAACUCCUAGAGAGAGGGAUGCAAAGUAGGCAGAGCUCCCCUCACUCCCAGAACGAACACUCCAGCCGCAGUCACUCCAUCCUGACUGUCUACAUCAAGGUAACAAGAGAGUUUGACCUUCCCCCUUUCCCCUGUUCCCUCCCUCCCUCUCUUUCCCCUGGUGUGUCCACCAUUGGGAAGCUGUGUGUGGUGGACCUUGCCGGAAGUGAGAGGGUGAGAGAUGGAGACUCCACAGAGGAGCUGCUGGAGGAGACGGGAAACAUCAACCGUAGCCUGCUCACUCUGGGGAAGUGUAUUUCCUCCUUGGUGGACCCAAAGAAAAGGGAUGGGCACAUUCCGUAUAGGGACAGCAAACUCACCAAGCUGCUCUCUGAUUCGUUGGGAGGCUCUGGCAUCACUCUCAUGAUUGCGUGUGUGUCUCCCACACUGCGUAAUCUUCAGGAGACCCUGAACACACUUCAUUACUCCAGCAGAGCCAGGAGGAUCAGAAACAAACCCAUGGUCAAGAGGAGUGUAGAGGAGUCAGGAGGUCGGGCUGCUAAGGAUCCUGGGACUCUGAGUUGUCCUCAGAAAUCUGGGGAAGAGCGCAGAGCUUGGCCAAGUUCCUCAGAGACCAGCCUGAGGAGCAUGUUGCAAGAGCUCAGGAGACAAAACGACAAGCUGCAGCGAGAUAAACUGGCCCUGCUGGACAGCCAGGAGUCCUUCAACCAGCAGAGGGCGCAACUCUCCCAGGAGAACGACCGUCUGCUGCGCAAACUAGAGGAUCUGGAGAGAGUGAUCUCCAGCUCGCCCCAUUCUGACAGCAGUCACUCUGGGCAGUCCGUCCGCGGAUCCUGUGGAGGGGGCUACCACAACCCUGUACCCUAUCCCUGUAAACACACCAACGGGCUUGUGAUGCUGCCACCCCUCCAGGAUGGACCCCCACAGCGAGCGGUCCAGAGCCCAGUAGAGAGCACCCAGCCUGGGCCACACCACCUAGGCCCUGCCCCCGCAGACCCAGCACCCCAUGGGAAGAAGUGCCAGGCGGGAUAUGCGGAUCGGUAUCAGGAGCUGAAGGAGGCUAGAACACAGAAAGCCCAGAGGACAAUCGGGGGGGCAGACCUACGGAACCUCCGUCCUGUUAAUCACCCAACAAGGGGGCAGAGAGACUCAUGA